GCAGCCAGUGCCAUCACCACUGCUGUUGAUGCAACAAUCACCAUGAUGACCAGUGCUUCAAUCACUGUAAUGACAACCACUCCCUCGCCUAGGGAUGCCACUAAGACCAACAGAAACACCUGUGAGAGUGCAUAGCACCACGUCACCUCAUGGCUGAAGAUGGUUUGCCUAAAAUUUAUUCUCAUCCUCCAACAGAAAGCGGUAAAGCACCAAAUGAAGCAACCAUUUUCUUUGGGGCUGACAGCACUGUUACAAGAUCAGAAAAAACAAUCACUUCAGAAGGAGACCACAUUACUUCAGUAAAUGACUUCCUCCUAGAAACUGAUUUUUCAACAACUACAGGUAAUAAGCUUACCCCUACAAAGGAAAGACUCAAAUCAGAGGAGGAUGUGGAAACCCAUAUUAUUAAGCCAACGACUCAUCUGGAGAAAGAAGUUACCAGUCAGUCUGGCACUACAGACUCCAGAGCCAAUGAGUCUAUUACUGAAAAUUUCAUUUCAAUGAAACAUGGGAGCAUUUCAUCACCAGUUGCUACUGUUUCUUUAAUAGAUUUUUCCACUGACAUAACAAAAGAAGACAUCCUCUUGGCGACUAUUGAAACAGAGGAUGAAGAAAUCACAGUAACUUCUGAAGUCUCUGGUACACCAGAAGAAAGCAGCACCAGCGUUGCUGACACCCCUGCUUUCUCAGCUGAAACAGGUGAAGCUGAUGUAAAUGAUACUAACUCCUCGAUCAAAUCCAAUAUCCCUGCUGAUGACGCUGUCGCUGACUCCAUUAUACCUGAGGAUGAAAUCCCUCCUUCUACUGAGAAAAACUUCACCACUAUUCCAGACGUAACUGACCUUGAAGAGGAGAACAUAACUGAAAUUGACCUAGUUAUUUCAGAGGAUGACCCCAGUGCUGUAACUAAAUUUACUGACUCUGAUGAGGAAAAGUUCAUCACCGUGUUUGAGCUCUCUACUCCUCCUGAAAAAGACAAAGAUAAUCCAGAAGAGACUCCAUUAGCCGACAAAGACUCUACUGAGGAGGUCAACAUUUGGGUGGAGAGUGAUGUUGUAAAUAAACUUGAAACCCAUUCCGUUUUGCUCACUGCCGUUGAAUCCAGAUACGACUUUGUUGUCCCUGCAACAGCUGCUAUGAACUUCAUAGAUGAAUCGGCUAUCAACACUACAGGAGAUCUCCCUGAAGAUAGCGGAUCAGAAUCUGUAACCAGCAUCUCUGAAUCACUGUCUGACGCUACCCCUGUAGAAGACACCCCAAACCACCAGGAAGACACCUCUACAACUGAAACAGGAAUCUUUAAACUACUGAAAGAAGACCCAGACGAAUUCAUGAUUUGAGAGAACAAAAGGGAUGCCACUUAGAUUUGAGUAACAGCCUGGACAGCUAGUCUUAAUAACUAAGAAGUUUUUCCUGCAAGCAAAAAAAUCUUAAAAAAAAAAAAAAACUGGAAGAAUGUGAGCAUGUAAGGCAAGUAGCAAACCUGGGAAAUGCAGAUGCUUAAGAAUAGAGGUCAUUCAGCAGAAUAUACAUAUGGAAACUUAAAACAACAAUAGUCUUAAACACUGAAUAUUGCACUCUUCUUAAGAAUGCUCUUGGCUAGCAAUUCAAGAACUUAGAUCCUCAUUCUUCUCUGAAACACUUCUUUAAGGGGUCUGUUUUCAUUUUGUUGGUUUUUCUUUAAUAAAUCUUUUUGACAGCAACUGAUUUACUGUGUAAAAGGAAUGCUUGACAUUCAAAUUAAGAGAACGAUAUUUAACUUAUAAUCCUUUUUUAAAUAAUAACUUAGCUCUCAUCAAAAGAAAUAGAAUUUCUGGUUCCUAUAAAGAUUCACAACCUUGUUAUAUUAAUAAAAAAAACACUGAAUAAUAAACAUCAUGUUUGGGAUAGAAUGAUUAUAAGCAACAUUAAAUAGACAAUAGACUAGAAUAAUCAUGAUAGUGUAUUAACCCAGAAACACAAUAUAACACAGAAACUUAGUAUAUGAUAAAGUAGAUUUCAAUACCAUGGAAUAUAAUGGUUAAUCUUGCUUAAAUUAUCAAGCAUUUGAGAAAAAAGAAAUCCCAUGUACUGUUUAAGAUCAUACUCUCUAAUUUUACAAGUAUUAAAGAAUUCAGUGUGAAGGUAUCCUGAUAGAUUGAUACCAUGA